AUAGAAGGCUUCAACUAAGAAAAGUCAUCUACUGCUGGUUGUGGGCGAAAGCCGAUAACCAUUCAACCAAUUAAAAAAAAAAUCAAACAGUGUGUGCGAACCGAACAACUCACUACCGCAGCCGCCGCCGGUAAUGGCAGAUAAAUGUUAAAACGAUUUAUUUAAAUGUGUUUGUUACCUUUAGAAUAACCUUAGUGUUUUAGUUAAACGGAAUCAAGAGAUACCAUGUUUGUCUUGGUGUAUGAUUAAAUUAUAAAAUAAUCGCAAGAAGAUGUAGACACAGAAAUUGGCCUUGGAGGAUGCAGCAGUCGGAUGACACUGAUGACAGAGAUGAACUUGAUGAAGACGUAGAAGACGAGGAGUACGAUGAGGACUAUGAGGAGUCUGGGGAGCGCCGCCUGCGGCUGGGCGCCGGCCCCACCGGGCGGUCGGUCACUCUGCAGAUGCUGCUGUCAGCGAGCAUUCUCCAGCCUGGGGAGGGCGCCAUGUCUAUCGAGUACCUGGGCCAGAGAUUCAUAGGAGAUCUCCUGCCUGAUGGGAAGAUCAAGUCGCAGGAGACGGACAUAAUUUUUGCGUCGCCGAGCGCGUGGGCGAUCCACUGCAGGAGAAUCAUAAACCCGGAGAAGAAGUCUGGCUGCGGCUGGGCUUCAGUAAGUUCAACAGUGAAGUACAAAGGAAAGAAGUUGGAUGCAUAUAAAAACAUUUGGUUCAAAAAGAAGAAGCAGGAUCAGAACAAAGAAAACGAAGGGUCGGAUGAUGAAGACAUGGAGAGGGAGAAGCUAGCUCCGCCCACCCCACCUGCCCCCGUGCAGCGCGUCGUGGUGAAGCACUCCGUGCUGGGCAACAGGGUGCCUCACCAUGACCUCAACACCCUGGUGGAGUGUACGCCGUUCUCGUCGCUGGGCAAGAUCCAGCCGUUCCUGGUCUCCAUGGCGACCAAUGCAGUGCUGGUGAUGGACCUUCACUGCCACCUCACCUCGUCGGAGGUCGUGGGCUACCUGGCUGGCCACUGGGACGUCAACGCCCACAACCUGGCGAUCACGCACGCGUUCCCGUGCCGCUCGCGCCUGGGCGACCGGGAGUUGGCGCCCCUGGUCGAGGCGGACAUCUACCGGGCCAUCGAGCAGCGUCGCCUGACUCUGGUCGGCUGGUACCACUCGCACCCGUCCACCAGCGCGACUCCCACCCUGAGGGACAUAGACGCCCAGCUCGACUACGAGAUACGGAUGAAGGGUAACAGCGAUGCCAGCUACACGCCCUGCGUCGGUGUCAUCUGCUCGCCCUACAACAGGGAGUGGCAGUCGCUGGAGUCGUCCGUCGUCAGCUACUGGGUGAUGCCCCCGCCGGAGACGAAGCCCCAUGAGUACGGCCGGCCGAUGCUCAUGAGCUACAGCAUCGUCCAGGACCAGUACCUGUCGCAGGAUGCGCUCAACGAGCUGAAACGAUGCAUUGACUUCUACAAGAAUGAGAGAGAUUUUAUCAAGUUCACUGACAAGUACAAGGGGAAUAUUUCAUACUUGGACAAACUAAAGACAUCACUGACGUCCAAGUUCCCGCGCGACCAGAGCGAUGGCAUCUUGUGGAGCUUCAUCCAGGAGCUGGUGGCUCCCGGCUCGGCUGGGACCGAGAGUCGAACCUUCUCCCCGAUGGACAUCUCGUCGAUCGUGAGCACGAGCGCGCCGGUGGAGCGGGUGAACCUGCUCGUGCCGAGCGUGACGGCGUCUCUGAAGCCGGGCGCCACCGGGGGAGUCAUCGCAGGCAGCGUUGGGAGCAUCAUCGCAGGCGGCAGCAUCGGCAGCAUCAUCACCAGCGGUAACUCUGGCGCCGCCCUGGGGAGCGUCAUCACCAGUGGCGGUGCUGGCACUACCCUGGGUAGCGUCAUCACCAGUUGUAGUGCAGGCAGCACCCUGGGGAGCAUCAUCACCAGUGGUGGUGCAGGUAGCACCCUGGGGAGCGUCAUCACCAGUGGUAGUGCAGGCUCCCUGGGUAGCGUCAUUACCGGCAGUAGCACCGGCGGUCUCGGUAGCAUCCUUGCCAGCGGCAGUGCAGGCACCACCCUGGGGAGUCUCAUCACCGGCAGCAGCGCCGGUACCAACACCACCAUCACGCCGGCGACCAGCCUGAUGAUCGGCUCCGAGUUCGCCAGCGCGCUCUUCGCAUCGGGCAAGUUCCCCGCGCCUUCCUCCCUGGUCGGCCUGAGCGGAGACUCGUCGCGAGCCAUGCUGGGCACCCCGAGCCUCGCUAUGGGCGGCAUCUUCAUCCCACCUGUCGGAUUCAAGCUGGACAACAUCAGCCUGCUCAAGCCCAUCUCCGUGGGCGCUGCCAACCCGAUGCCGAGCACGUCAAAGUCCAUUCCUAACCUCUCGUCCGAUAUCAUUCCGGCUGGCAUGAAGCUCGCUCAAAUAGACUCCACUACUUUUGUGGCUCCUGAGAAUUUGGAUAAAAACUGUACAGUGACCAGUGGACAUAUGCCAUGAAGUAUUUUCUUACGUUUACUUGACCACAAGACAGUGUUUUAACUGGAUUUUGAAAGUAAAUAAAUUACAUGGAUAUAGAGAAGUGUUUUGUAAGUUUUCUUAUGAAACAUUUGAAACAACUUUUGUUUGUAAUUUGUAUUAAGAUAACCAUAAAACUUAUGAAUCUUAUUUAUACCUCCGAUUUUAUUCAAUAACAGUGAUACAAUUUUUUUAUAGUAAUAAAGUUAGAAACCUGUUAAAAUGUAGCACAUAAUUUAUAGUUUUGUGUAGUCAGUAUGUUUGCUUUUGUAAGUGUGUGUUUUAGUUUAAUGCUCGUAUAAUAUUCAAAAUGUUAAAAUGAGAUUUAUAAAACCUUCAAAAUUACAUUCAUAAACAUAUAUAUAAAAAUAUAUGUAUAAUAGUGAUAAAUAUUUUUAUCACAAUAAAUGCAUGGUUGUGAUAAAAAAAAAUUUGAAACUAUAAAUUAGUAGUGUGAAUCAACAACAUUGAGAAUAAUUAAUUAGAGAUAAAAAAAAUCUCAAUCUCAUUUUGAAAAUUUUUUUGGUCUCAUAAAGUUUAGAUGAUACAGUUACAUACAGACAUAAUUAAGUUUGGCAUUAUUCACAUUUGUGUUUGACCAGAAAGGGAACGAAUCAAGUCAUAAAAAAGUCAAAAUAGUUUAACACUGUCAGCUGGGGAAUAAAGUUUUAUCAGACAUAUACCUAGUUUCAAUAUGAUCUUAAGUAAAUGGAAUUCAGUUUAUCGUGUUCAGUGUUGUCAACAGCCGAGAGAGUAGGAUAGCAGGACGCCAACUCAGUUGAUAGCUGUGCUUUCCUGGUGAUUUAUGAUCUAGUAGAAAACAUUCAGCUUUUAACUUAAAACAUUGACUCGGCAACCCUGCCAGGCUAUGACAUUUUCCAUGUUGAUAAUACACAGCAACCAUGAGUGCCUGCCCUUUCUUGUACUCCUUCUGUAGUAACUUCCAGCAAUGUUUAUCAGACAUCUCCACUAUUUAUCUUAUUUGGCCUGGCUGACAAUAAGAAAGGUCACCUUACAUAUGUGAUCAAUUUCAUGAAGGAGAGAGCAUAGAUAAGAGCACCCGGAAAAUUGUUUCAAAUUGCGUAGUAAUUCAUUAUGUACUUCGUAUGUAGACAACAUAGUGCCAAAUAAUCAAAAAGCAAGAGGGUUGAGCAGAAGCCUCUUCUGAUAGAGGCAGAAAUUUCUGCAGCUUCAAAUGAUUGCUCAAUAUCAUUGAUUCUUUUGUUGCGAAUCAUAGUUAAGGAUUUCAAAAUGAAGAAGAAACAAUUCAGGUUUUAUCAGUUGAGUUUGCGAGUGGUUCACUUGUGACUUUUACUAUGUCGAUUCCUAUAAUUUUCCAAUUCCAUCAGAAUUCGUACUCUUAAAAAUAAUGCUUAUCAAUAGGGACAUGACAAUUUUGCGAAUAGUGGUUUAACGAUGUAUAAUGUAAUAACUACUGUUUUUUUUUAUAUUGACAAAUAUUGGUUGAAAUACAAAUUUUGGCACGAAAUACAGCUAUUUUCACAAGUUGAUCACCAUUUGUAAAAAUGUUCCAUGGUACAUCAUAGCUAUGUAUCACAGGAAACAAAUUUAAGUAAGAAAGUAUUUUGAUAUCUGAAUUUUUUUUUCCUACUACAAAGCCAGUCUAUAUUAUUAAUGAAGGCUACAAACAUGAUAGGUACAUUGCUUUUUGUGCUAUGUGUACACCACCAACUUAUAUCUUGUAACUUCAUGUCUUUGGCUAUUUAGUGAAACUUUGUUAAUAAGAGAAGCUAUUUAUACCUGGUUUUAUGUAAAUUUUCUAUUAAUAGUAUUACUUUACGUGACAAAAAAAUGUAUUUUCUUAAGUGGAAAAACUUUUGUUUCUCAGAAAAUGUCUGAACAAAUGUAAAAAAUAAUAAUAUGGAACUAUCCUAUCUUAUUGGUUGUUUACUAGGGAUGGGUCGAUUCGAUUCUCCGAUUCCUCGAUACCACCGAUUAUUAAAAAAUUUGGGUACUCAGUAUCGGGUACUAAAAAAGGGCAAGGUAGGUUAGGAAUCGGUUAAGUUAAGAAAAUACAGUAGUAAUAUAUUUUCGUCUGAACUUUACUUACUUAUUUUAAUAUAUCUUACCUGCCGUAUGCGCAUAAAAUUCCUAAUAAUGCUCAUUAUUAUUAAAUAUUAAUUUUAUACGAAUAAAAAUAAAUAAAAACAAUGUUACCGGGCAUGUUUAACCUCUAAUUAAAACUCCACGAUCGAAGAACAUUAUUCCUCACUCAUGUAUUAGACGUAAAUAAAUUGUAAAAAGAGUUAUUAAUUUUAUUUGCAGUUAAGAAAAGUCCAUUGUUUUUUGUGAAGAAAGUGACGGUUAUGAAACGAGAUCACAUCACGUGUCGUCACCAGUUUAGUUGUGAGCCAUUCAAGGAUGAUGGCCUCCACAAAAUCUCUGGUGGCCAUAAAAUAUAAAGUCAAGUCGAAACGUAUCGAUUCGUUGCGUACGGGACAAAUUGUAUAAUGAAAGCAACAAUCGAUAAUAAAGAAUUCUCUGGCCAUACCGCCAACAGAGGCUCGUGUUUAUUUCUUGCAAAGGAAAACCGUAAUAAUUACUAGAAAAACACUUGAAAAUAGUUUUAGCAAAACAAUAUUUGUGCCAAAUAAAUAGCAUAAAUGCAAAACAAUUCACAGUAACCUCAAUAGCACGACGGUGAAUUACGGCGUAAUUCACCGUCGUGCUAUUGAGGUUACUGUGAAUUGUUUCGCAUUUAUGCUAUUUAUUUGGCACAAAUAUUGUUUUGCUAAAACUAUUUUCAAGUGUUUUGCUAGUUUGUUACUAAAAAAAUGUUCGCCGACUGUCGUUUCAAAUUACGAUGCGAAUGUUCUGAUAUUGUAUUAACAUGUCUAAAGUUUGGGAACAUUUUCGCAUCAAUAGUGAAAAUGACAAAUAUGCAAUUUGUAAUAAUGGUAGUGUGCAAAUUUCACGGAGCGGUACUUAUAAAUCUACAACCAAUUUAAUGAAGCAUUUGAAAUCCCGGCACACAUUACUACCAGAAAAAAUAGUCUUUGAAGAAAAACAAACUUUUGUUUACAGCACUGUCACCAACUAAGUCAAAAGGUACCACAGAAAAAAGUAGUGCUACCUUUGAACCCAUUUUGAACAAAGAUGUUAUGUUAUCGGCGUUAUCGCCUGUUAAAGAACCUUGUCUAAAUGUUGAACUUCUUUGUGCACAGCCUAGUACUUACUAGCAAACAAACUUUAUGUGAAAAUGCUUCUUCACUGGUAAUUGAAAAAAAAAAAAAACCUCAACAUUUAAUCCUAAGUCUAUAAUUAUCCUUUAUACAUGUUAUUAUCAUUAUGUAAUGCAUUCAAUUCUUAAGUAGUUUUAAUUAUGUGACCAGAAUUACCAGGAAUCGAAAACUGGAAUGACUCGGAAUCGAGAAUCGAAAUUUAGGAAUCGGUACUGGUAUCGGAAUCGAUAAAAAUGUGUACUCAACCCAUCCCUAUUGUUUACCCUUAACGUUUUAAUAAUUUUUUUAGUUCAAUCCAAGAAAUAAUUGUUUUUGGUAUGAGAAAACAUGUUACAAUGUGUUUACGUACAUUUAGCACUUCCCCUUUAUUACAUUUACUUAAGUUGUUAUUACAUCAUCUAGAAGUGAACAAAUUGUGUAGAUUCUACUCUAUGCCAAAUGAUAGGAGUUGGUGCACUUCUUUAUUUAAUAAAAUCAUUAGAAAUUACCAAUUUAAAAUUUAGCUAACCGUACCACUUAUUAAAACUGUAAACCACUUCAAGUAACAGAAUACCCUCUUAGAGAAUGAUUAGAAAACAUGUCAGGAAUUGAAGGAAAAAAUAAAAAGAAAAGGCAUAAAAAUUUUUUUUUUUCUGGACAAGAGUUUUUCUUAAGAAUUAUCAACAAUUAUCAACAAUUCUUCAGAUUCUUCUCAUAGGGUAUAAAAUACAAAUUUUAAGGUAAUACAUAGCAAUAAUGAACAAUUUAGUACAGACAUUUUGCUUUGCUUUUGCCUUUUUUAAACAGUCAAUUUUUAUUUAAAGUUUUCUGUUGACCCUUAUGAAACUACAUACUCCUGAUUUGUGUUCUUGGAUACAAAAAAUUGAUGUUAUUUUGGAAAUGUAGCCACAAUUUAUAUUUCUUCAUUUACAACUACAAAUACUAUUAAACAACCUUUGACUUAUAAGGAUAGGGCAUUAAAAUCUCAGUUGCAUUUAAGUCACAAAAUAAUUUGACUUGUAUGUGCCAGUAUUGUUUCUGUUGUAUAGUGAAACUAAAAUCAUUGUAUUUUAUAUUAAAAUAUAUUUGACACAGAAAAUAAAAGUAACUUAAGUGAUUACUUGAA